AUGACGACCGAGUACAAAUUCGAAGGCUGGAUGGGCCUCGGCCCCGAAGCGAGUGAGGGCAAGAUGGUCUGGCAAGAGUUCGAACCCAAACCCUGGGAAGAGACCGACGUCGACAUCAAAAUCACCCACUGUGGAAUCUGCGGAACCGACCUGCACACUCUCCGCAGUGGCUGGGGCCCAGCCAUGUACCCCUGCUGCGCGGGCCACGAGAUCGUCGGCAUCGCUGUGCGCGUCGGCUCGCAGGCUGAGAACAAUAUCCAAGUCGGCGACCGCGUGGGGGUCGGCGCCCAGAACGACGCCUGCCUGAACCGCGACGGGCCCUGCGAGGAGUGCUCGUCCGGCCGGGAGACCUACUGCCCGCGCCUGCUGGGGCUAACCUACAACGCGCGGCACUGGAACGGGGCCAAGUCCUACGGCGGCUACGCCCUCUACCACCGCGCGCACUCGCAUUUCAUGGUCAAGAUCCCCGACGCGAUCCCGUCGGCGCUCGCGGCGCCAAUGCUCUGCGCUGGGAUCACGGCCUACGCCCCGCUGAGGCAGAAUGGGUGCGGACCGGGGAAGAAGGUGGCUGUGAUUGGGGUCGGGGGCAUAGGACACUAUGCGAUUCAGUUUGCCAAAGCGCUGGGAGCAGAGAAGGUCGUUGCCAUCUCGCGGCGCGGGGAUAAAAGGGAGGACGCUCUGGCGCUGGGGGCGGAUGUCUAUAUUGCCACUGCGGAGGAUCCGGACUGGGCGAAGAAGAAUGCACGGUCGUUGGAUCUGAUUAUCUCUACCGUUUCAUCUUCCAAGAUGCCUCUUCGGGAUUACCUCUCUCUGCUGAAAACCGACGGCUGCUUCCAUCAGCUCGGUGUGCCCGCGGACGGCACCCUGGCCAUCCCCGCGGAAGCUCUAGUCUUCCGCCGCCUGAAAGUCGCGGGCUCACUGAUGGCGGGGCCCGAGGAGAUUCGAGAGAUGCUGGAGCUCGCUGCGAGCAAGAAUGUACGGUCGUGGGUCGAGGAGGUGCCGAUGAAGGAGGCCAACCAGGCCAUUCAGGAUAUGGACGCUGGCAAGGCCCGGUAUCGGUACGUGCUUGUCAAUGAGCAUUAA